AUGACCAGCAUCGCCAGCAGCGUCUUCUGCCGGGUCGAGAGGGUGUGCCGCCACCUGCCCGUGGUGCUCAACACCUUCCUGGUGUUCUCCAUCACCGGGGAGGUGAGCUACCUGGUGCUGGUGGAGGCUCCGCUGGAGGCGGACCAGAAGAAGAGCGAGUGGUCCGCCUGGUGGAAGGCGGUCCACCUGCUGGCCCAGUACUUCAUGUUGGGCAACAUCUGCUGGAACGCCUCCCUGUUCCUGAAGACCAGCCCGAGCAUCAGGGGCGUGUUCCUGGGGGGAGAGGGCAUGGGCCAGGGCUGGAGGUACUGUUACACGUGCGAGACGCACACACCCCCGCGCUGCUCCCACUGCUACGACUGCAAGGUGUGUGUGCUGCGACGGGACCACCACUGCGUCUUCUUUGGCCAAUGCGUGGGCUUCCGCAACUACCGCUACUUCCUGAGCUGCUUGCUGUUCAUGUGGUCAGGCCUUCUGUAUGCCGUGGUGAUGAACGCCGAGGUCUUCAUCGUCAUACUGAAGGAGGGCGUGACCGUGCACAGCGUGCUGCUGCUGCUGAUUCCCUGGAUCAUGCUCGUCUCAGGCCAGGUGUCGGCGCGUGCCUUUGCCUUCGCCUUCAUCGCCGACACAUGCGUGGUGGGCUUCCUGCUCGUCUCGGCUUUCCUCUUCUUCCACGUCUUCCUGCUGCUGCGCGGGCAGACCACCAGGGAGUGGUACUCGUCCCGCCGGCCGUACAGCCUCGGAGUCCUGGGGAACCUGCGCCACGGCCUGGGCCCCCGCUGGUACCUCUGCUGGCUCAGCCCGCUCAUCCCUUCGCCUCCGCCUGGGGAUGGGAUACACUUCCAGGUGACGGGGUCGCUGGAGCCCAUGCGAUAACAGCGGAUCAGACCGGCCAUCCCUUUAUCCCGCAGCUGUGACGGGGAGUGUUAUCGGGAGCGGCGGCCAGGAAGGCAACAGGUGUCGUGGAAAUUCACAGAGCUUGGCGAAUGGGUAGCUUGAGUUGUGUGUGGUUAUUAAUGGACCUGUGUUUGGGAUCUUACUGAGUAUAAACUUCCACCAGCUUCUUUGACGCACUGUCCUAGCUUGUGCUGAGAGAGGGGUCUGUUGUUGACAGCACAGUAGCCUUGACCUAAACAGUAUCUCUGCACUGCAUAACGAGGCUGGCCUCACAAGGAAAACAGCAAAACUAUCUGUGUUCCUUUGGAAUUCUGAGCACUGAAAAUUAUUUUUUUUAUUAUUGGUUGAUGAUUUGUGAUUUUUUUUUAAAUCCUCACUUAGUAAAAAAAAAAAAAAAUCUUUACCUAUGCCCCCUAACAUUGACUCUCAGUUGGCUCUUGUUAGUGGGACUUGCUGAUUUUUGUAGAUGUCAAAGUUUCAUGAAGGAGUUGGCCACUUGGCUGCGUAUUUGCUGCAUAAACUCCAGAUGCCUGAUUCUGCCUGAGAGUCAUUAGGAUUUGGCUUGCACUGUUUUCUCGAAACACCAUCCUUAGCCUCUUGUCCACGGACUUACACUGAGCAUUCUCCGUGAUCUGUUUUCAGGCAUUCACUGGACAUUUCCAUCGCUGUGCCAAGGUGGGCUUUGGAAACCAAUCUUAAUGCUGUCUUUGUGAAACUAUGGCAUAACCCGAUGCAAGCAUGACUAAAUCCAUUGCCAGAAAUAGUAUAUGUUCGAAAUGUAGUGUUGCAGACAGUAUACAAGGUAUGUGAGGUAUUCGUUCAAAGUGUAUUGGUUACAGUGUUAACAGUCGAACUGUGUUGAUGCGAGCAGGCUUACUUCAUAUUACCGUGUUGCCAGGAAAAACUUACCUGCUCUCCUCCAGCAUGACCUCGAUUGAUCCAGCAGCUUGUCUUACAGCAUUUCUUGCCAAUCAGACUUUAGGUACCUCGUAAAAAUUAUUUUUUUCUCUUUUGCACCUAGAAUGGUUUAACUCUUCUUAAUCUGCUGGCCUUGAAAUGCAAUCUCAAAGAACACACCUUUAUUUCGACAGGUGCUUCUGCUUGUCUUAGUCGAAAAUGCAACAGCACGACUAGUGUAUUGUUCUUUGUAAAUACUGUAUAUUGAUUUGCCUGUUUCAUGUUGCUCCUGAAGUUUUACACUUUCAUACUAUUUAUGAUGUGGUCCAUAAUUUUUGUUUUUUGAAUGAUUUGAAAAAUGAGAUUUAACGACACUACAUGUUUCAGGAGCAAGGAACCAUUCAAAUUGGGUGGGGUUUAGUUUGGUUUACAUUCAUUGCUCUCUUUGAUUUAUUGUGGGUUAUAUUCUGUUGAAAAAUUGUAAUAAAAUUUGGAUUUGAAAACUUCCCUAUAAAAUUCUUGAGAUAAUUUUCAAUCACAGUCCUUGAGCCUCUCACAGCAGUCACUGCACUGUUGACUAACAUUUAUCAGACAAAUUAGACCACAAAUAAGAUACUGCCGAUGUAAUUGUGCAAUUAUAUAAUAAUUAUGCAAUUAUUUUUCUGUAUGACUGUGAACACCCAAUGACAGAAUCUAGGUAAUUAUGUACGCACUCACUUUCUUGACCGGUAUAUCUAAAAGAUAUCACUUGCUUUUAAAAUCUCUGAAGAAGACUGAGUUUAAACACAUUUAAUAAAGGCUUUUUAAUUUUUGUGAAG